GCGGGAGGAGGAGGAGGACCAGGAGGAGGAAGUGGUUAGUAGCCCCGAGGCUCGAUCCGGAGAUGAGGCUGCUGCAACUAUUGCACUUGAGUGGGCGCCUGGCGAUCCUCGGGUCCGCAGAGACUGCGCUCUGGGGUUUGAAGUCACUAAAAGGAAGCUGCAACAAUUUUUGUACUGCUAUUUGUAAAGAUGUCACUUAUAUGGAACUUAAAAACCUCUUGAAGUCCAAAAAAAUUAUGUUAAUUGAUGUUAGAGAACCAUGGGAAAUUCUUGAGUAUGGAAAAAUCCCCGGGUCUGUCAAUAUACCAUUGGAUAACGUAGAUGAAGCUCUACAGAUGAACCCAAAAGACUUCAAAGAGAAGUACAAUGAAGUAAAGCCAUCCAAAUCUGACAGUCUAGUGUUUUCUUGUUUAGCUGGAGUGAGAAGCAAGAAAGCUAUGGACACAGCAAUAUCUCUGGGCUUUAACAGUGCUCAACAUUAUGCUGGAGGAUGGAAGGAAUGGGCAACCUAUGAAUUUUCGGAGAAGAAACAAGGAAAUUGAAUUUUGGCAUACAAGCAGGCCCUUUCCUUGUGUACGUGCAGCCUAGGAUAGUGGAAUAAGCAAAAGAAUCAAAAUGUAGCCCUGGAACCACUGGUUAAUGGGAAGGGGACUGUGUGUAAGUCAAUUAUUUGUUGAAUCUUUUUCUCACCUAUAAAUUGGGAAUACCACUUCCCCCUGCCUACUUCCAAAGGCUAAUGAGGCUUGCUAUAUAUGUGACUUGCCAUGGAAACAUAAGGGUUGGGAUUCUAAAAAUUAAUUUUUAAAUAGUUUAGUACAGUUCAAUAGUAUUCCAAAAGACCUGGUUACUUGUAUUACCUAAUCAUAAUGUGUGAUCACUUCUGUUAAUAUAGUGCCUAUAAUCUUCAAAGAGGCUAUGAACUAGACCAGUCAAUUAAAACUUAACCUUAAAACACCAAGAAUCUGGGGUGCAGAAAAGUAGGUGAAAUAUGAACAAUGAAAAUACAUUAGCAAUAUCCAAAGACUUAUGGCACUGUGACCAGCAUGGUAGUGAUAUAAUUUGCAGUUUAAAAAAGUAAUAUGAUCUAUGGGGAAAGUAAUCAGAACACUGGUUGCUUCUGUUGAAGGAAAGAAAUUAACAGGAAAAUCAAGGAGGAAAAUUUCUAGGGUGAUGGAAGUGCUCUAUAUCUUGAUUGAGGUGUUGGUACUUAGGUAUAUACAUUUACCAAAACUCAUUGAACACUUUAAAACUAUACAUUAUCUGUAAUUACAUCUCAAUUAAAAAUAAUGAAAAUAGAAGAAAAGUUUAAAUGCAAAUGACUCCCACUAGCAUAAGUAUAUUUCUUUGGAAUGUUAAGUCCUACACUCGUUAGUACACUAGUGCACUGGUGAGUGGUAAAACAAAUUUGUGCUUUCUUCCAUCCAUGUCUCUUCAGACCCAUCUGUUUUUACUCUCAUUUAUACAGUCAUUCAGAACAUGUAAGGCCUGGCAAGUAAACUAUAAGGACUUGGUUUUGUCCUAAAUGACUUAAGCCAUUGGAGAAUCUGUGGUAGGUAUGUGAUAUUAUCACCUUGAACUUCUAUUUCUGAUAUGUCAGUCUAGUUUCUAGCAAACUCCCUACAAGAACUAGAAAAGCUGGAAAAUACACAUAAUACAGACACAGACACAGACACAGACACACACACACACACACACACUUUUCAAUGUUGGUUCAUCCUCUACAGCUUUCCUUCUCCCAGGAUCAUGACUCUUCAAAUCCUCGCUGUCUUUGUAAUUCUUUCAUGCCUUUAAACAAAUUUUAUUUAUAUAUUUAUAUAAACAAAUAUUACUAGGGCAUAUAUAUUAAGGAAGUGAGGAUCUGAAGAGCCACAAGCUCACAGAGAAGAAAAGCUAUAGAUAGUGAACCACCAUUGAAGUACUGGGCCCAACCAGGAACAGGUAAAUACACCAGGGUAUAGAGUCUGGGGAAACACACCAGGCUUUUCCAGAAAGACAAAAAAUAUUCUAAAAGAAAGAAAAUACUAAAGAACACAACAUUAUCUAUGUAUAUGUAAUAUAUACUGAAUAUGAGUUUAACAAAAAUUAUGCAAUUAAAUUGGGAGGAUGAUGGGACUAUAAGUCCCAGGGUAGAACAAGUUUGGGGGCGGGGAGGGGGUGGGAGCUGGAAGUGGAGAGCAGGUGUGUGAGAAAGUAAAAUCUUCAUCUUCCAGAGUAGGAAGUUAAGAGAUAAUAUUUACAAGUAAAAAAAAAAAAAAAAGCAAAAGGAAACUGGAGGGUAAGCAGAAGAGGAGUACAGUAAAGUGUUUAAGAGCCUGGGACCUGCAGCCCAGAUGCCCAGGUUUUAAUAAGAUUCUAAUCCAAGCUCUUGUCACUUACUUGUGAUUGGGUAAGUUACUUAACCUUCUGUUCCUGAGUUUCCUCAUCUCUGAAAUGAUUGUUCUGAGAAUUAAAUGACUUCAUAAUGUAGACAGCUUGGAAUAUACUUGUCACAUAAUAAGUGCUCAAUAAAUGCUAUAAUUAUAAGCUUGUUACUUGGAAGUGUGGAAGUAACACAACAGCAGAGAAAUGACUAAUAGUUGCUCUGGGGAGCAGGAAUAAGAAGCAGGGAAAAUGGGACUGGGACCUAACAUCUCCCUUAUGUCUUAUAGCAACACUGUCCAAAAGAAUUAUGAUGCAAGCCAGUAUGUGAUUUUUAGGUUUCUUACACUUAAGUAAAAUAGGUGAAAUUAAUUUGAAUAGUGUUUUAUUUAGUCCUAUGUAUCUAAAAAAUCAUCAUUUAAAACAUGUAAUCAAUAUAAACAAAUUAGAUAUUUUACAUUCUUUUGUUUUGUACCAAGUAUUGAAAUCCAGUGUGUGUUUUUACAUUUAUAGCACAUUUCAAUUCAGACUAGCCACAUUUUUAGUGUUCCAUAGCCACGUGUGGCUAGUGGCUAUCUCACUGGACAGUGCAGCCUGUGGUAAUAUUUGAUGUUUAGAAAGAACACACAUCAUCAAUGGCUGCUAAAUCACAGAAAGAGACAACCAGCCAUUAUAUGCCUCCUGAUAGGAGAUACUUUAUACAGUAGUCUAUAAUGGAAAAAAAAAAAUUUGAGCCUGAACCUGAUCAAGCUUUUGCAUUCAAUUACCAAUUUAUAGAAAUACAGAGAAGAAAAGAACAUGUUAAGUAGCACCUCAAGGAUACACUCAGCAAAAUACAUAUGGUGGGAAAUUCUUAGUGGACAAGCAAACCAAAAUGGGGAAUUUUUUAAAUGAAAUAAAGGAGAAAUCCAUGAAUUUUAAAAGAUUUA